GCUCGUGGGACCCGCCUGGUGGUAGCCUUUCUCCGGGCGUCGUGUAGAUUCCAAAUUUCCCCAUCUCUCUCCUAUUUAUAGGCGCCCCUUCCAUAUCCCGCGAAUGGCGAAUGUCUCGCACACACUCCCCUGCCGCUGUGCCGCACCCGCACCCCUCCAGCGCGCGCGGGCACGAGCACGAGUACGAGGCUCCAUCGCCGGACGACCAGGUAGUUGCACUGCCGCCACCGUCGACGACGACCGAAGGCGACGAUGGCCAGGCCGCAGCAACGGUACCGCGGCGUGCGGCAGCGCCACUGGGGCUCCUGGGUCUCCGAGAUCCGCCACCCUCUCCUGAAGGCGCGGAUAUGGCUGGGCACCUUCGAGACGGCGGAGGACGCGGCGCGCGCCUACGACGAGGCGGCGCGGAUCAUGUGCGGGCCCCGCGCGCGCACCAACUUCCCCGCCGACGCCAACGGCCCGCCGCCGUCGUUCCUCUCCGCGGCGCUCGUCGACAAGCUGCACCGGUUCAACCUGGCGUCCGUGCAGGCCGCGCAGCGGCAGAGAGAGGCGGCGGCGGCGGCGGCGGCAGCAGCAGCAACCUCCGCGCCCGCGACGCCUCCGACGCCGCCGGCCACGCAGUGGGGCGGCGGCGGUAGGUCCCUGGAGGAGCAGCACGUGGAGCAGAUGAUCGAGGAACUGCUGGACUCCGACUUCUCCAUGGAGAUUUGCUGCUAGUGCUAGGCUAGCCGCGACGCGACCUGCCUAGCGACUGGCUAGCGCCCCCGGCCGGCCCGUCACCGCCGCGCUCCGCUCCACCUCUCCUCUGUUCUUGUUCUUGCACUUGCACCAUGCGUCGCGCUCGCGCUCUUCUUUGUACUCGUGCCGACGUGCGUAGUAUCGCUCAGCCGCUGCAGCGUGCGUAGGAGCCUGAUUUGUGUACGCCACGUGUAUAGCUGUAGCUGUACGUAUAAGUAUAUAUAUGUAAUCGAGCAUUCUCAUUCUUGCAAAUUUAAAGGCCGCGUGCGUGCAAAACAUGACAGCAGCGGUCAGCACCCAUGAGGCCGUGACCCCUGCUGAGGCCA